CCACUGCUACCACUCUGUCUCAUAUAUAUAUAUAUGUAUAUAUAUGAGAGUGUCAAUAAUUGGUAAGUGUAGGUGAAGAGUAUAUGGAUAUUUUAUGAUACUAUUUUUUUUUUCCAAAGAGAAAGUUGGGAAAAAAGAGAAAAGGAAGGGGCUGAAAGGAUAAUUUAAUUUCCUAAUUGUAUUUUCUUAGGCUAUUAUUAAAUGAAUUAUAGCUAAGCAGUGAAAACAAAACAUUUAUUUGGGUAUGGUUUUAUAUUUAGGAGUGAAUCCAGUUACUAGUGACUCAACUGUAAGAAUUAUUAAAUUGGUAAUGCAGUUUUUGUUGCUUGUUAGAGAGACUUCUCAUCCUUUAUGGUUUAUACUUUGGAAGCAAAUAAGCUCUAGAGGAAAUGGAACAGGUAUGUAAUAAGGAAUUUAAGUUUUUCUUGUAAGUUUGGAAAUACUUAAUAAAUUCUAACUUUUCAUUAUCACAAGACUUUUAAAAUUACCUGUGAUUAUAGGUAUCUAUAAAAGUAAUUAUAUUGAUUUAUCCCUUUUUUCUAGGUUAAAAAAAUAAGUAUGUUUUAUUGGUGGUAGCUAAGUGGAUCUCGUUGAUAAAGGUGGAGAUAUAAAUAUAUUGGUGUAAAAGGACAAUAAGAGAUAAGACUAUGUAUUUAUUGCCCAUUUAUGUAAUUACAUGGGUCACUAAGGACAAAGGUCCUUAAAGACGAAAAGCAGAGUAGAAACAGUUCCCUAUAGUAAGAUAGAUGAAUUUGCUACCUCUUACCUCUUCAUGAAUUUUUUUUUAAAUGUAUGGUUGUAUAUCCUUCCAGUUUUAUAAUUACAUUUGAAAACUCAACCAUCUUUCUGGGCACAACUUGAUGGCCGAAGAUAUGCUUCACUCCAAUAAAAAGAAAAUGAAGAUUUUUCAAGAGCAUUCGUAGGCUUCGAAUCAAAAGGACAGUACUUACUUCCUGAGGUCUGAUAACCAUUGUUUUAUGAGGAAAUAGUACUAGGAUCACAGUACCAUGGAUGUGGUAGGCGAAAAUGAGGCCCUGCAGCAGUUCUUUGAAGCUCAGGGAGCCAAUGGUACUCUGGAGAACCCAGCCCUGGACACAAGUCUGUUGGAGGAAUUCUUGGGCAAUGACUUUGAUUUGGGGGCCUUGCAACGCCAGCUCCCAGACACCCCGCCCUAUUCUGCAUCCCACUCCUGCUCUCCUCCGCAGGUCAAAGGUGCAUGCUACCGAGCCCCGAGGCCCACAGCUAGGAGGACUCCAGCUCCUUUUCUCCACCCCACAGCUGCUCCUGCGAUGCUGCCCAUGCACCCGCUGCAGAGCACCUCUGGAAUGGGCGACUCCAGCCAAAUCCACGGAGGCUUUCACAGCUGCCACUCAAACGCCAGUCAUCUUGCCACCCCCCUGGACCAAUCCGUGUCCUCCCAUCUGGGGAUAGGUUGUUCUUACCAUCAGCAGCCUCUGUGUCACAGCCCUGGAGCCUCACUGCCUCCAGCCAAGAAGAGAAAGUGCACACAGGCACUGGAGGACUCCGGGGAAUGCCGAGUGUGGGCCUGCCACUGCAGACCGAUGACAAGUAGGAGUCACAGCAGUGAAGUCCAGGACCCUGACAGUGAGGGACAGAACGGAAUGCCUACAGACCAGUGCUCUCCUGCUCUGAAGUGGCAGCCAUACCAUAGUGUUCCUUGGCACAGCUUAUUAAACAGUCAUUAUGAAAAACUACCUGAUGUGGGCUAUCGAGUUGUAAUAGACAAAGGAUUUAACUUUUCACCAGCAGAUGAAGCUUUUGUUUGCCAAAAGAAGAAUCAUUUUCAGAUAACCAUUCACAUCCAAGUUUGGGGAAGUCCAAAAUUUGUUGAAACCGAGAUGGGCCUAAAGCCAAUAGAAAUGUUUUACUUGAAAGCUUUUGGCAUUAAGGUAGAAGCCACCAAUCAAAUAAUUGCUAUUGAACAGUCCCAAGCAGAUAGGAGCAAAAAGAUUUUCAAUCCUGUUAAAAUUGAUCUACUGACUGACCAGGUCACCAAAGUAACGCUGGGACGAUUACACUUCAGUGAAACCACAGCAAAUAAUAUGAGAAAAAAGGGAAAACCAAAUCCAGACCAGAGAUACUUCAUGUUGGUGGUUGGACUGUAUGCUGCUAAUCAAGACCAGUUCUAUCUGUUGUCUGCCCACAUCUCUGAAAGGAUCAUUGUAAGGGCCUCUAACCCUGGGCAAUUUGAAAAUGACAGUGAUGCCUUGUGGCAGCGAGGACAAGUUCCAGAAUCUGUUGUCUGUCACGGUCGAAUAGGAAUCAACACAGAUGCGCCGGACGAAGCCCUGGUUGUCUGUGGCAACAUGAAAGUGAUGGGGACCAUCAUGCAUCCCUCUGACAGCCGGGCAAAGCAGAAUAUCCAGGAGGUUGACACAAAUGAACAGCUGAAAAGAAUAGCCCAAAUGAGAAUUGUCGAAUAUGACUACAAACCUGAAUUUGCAUCUGCAAUGGGAAUAAACACUGCCCAUCAAACAGGAAUGAUUGCCCAGGAGGUGCAAGAAAUCCUGCCCAGAGCAGUAAGAGAGGGUGGUGAUGUCACCUGUGGAAACGGAGAGACCUUGGAGAACUUCCUCAUGGUGGAUAAGGACCAGAUCUUUAUGGAAAAUGUAGGUGCAGUGAAGCAACUGUGCAAACUAACUAACAACCUUGAGGAGCGAAUAGAAGAGUUAGAAAUAUGGAACAGAAAGCUGGCCCAGCUAAAGCGGCUCAGUAGUUGGAAAUCAUCAGCCAGUGAAGCAAGCACAAUCAGCAAAUCUAGCAGAGCCGUUAGUGCAUCUUCUCCAAGAAGGGCCGUUCAUAGAAAAAACAACAAGGUUUAUCUUUCAGGAAAAAGACAGGCGUGUCCUAAUUGGGUUUUCCAGACCUUGGUUAUAACUCUGAUUGCUGUGAUGGCAUUUUGUGCUUUGACGAUAGUUGCCCUUUAUAUACUUAGCUUAAAAGAUCAAGACCAACGUGUCCCAAAUCUCCCUCCAAGCAAUAUCACAAGCUCUCAGGAGCCGGCUCUGCUGCCCACAGCCUCCUCCUCAGCAUGUAAUACAUCCCUGGCAACCACACUGGCCUCCUUACAAGUACCUGAAAUUACUUUCUGUGAAAUCCUGCCAUGUCAGGAGACUUAUUGCUGCCCCAUCCGGGGAAUGAAAGAAGUCUUUUCAAGUCCUGUGCAAAGACAAUCUGAGGAGAAGGAAUUCCAUCAGAGGCGAUGGUCAGAAGACAAAAGCAAAUCAGUUUUGGCAAGAAAUGCGCUUAGCGGCCCUGACUGGGAGAGUGACUGGAUUGAUACAACUAUCAGUUCUAUUCAGAUUAUGGAAAUCCAGCAAAUAAUAGAUCAUCAGUAUUGCAGUCGAAGCCUCCAGUGCGGAUCUGGAAAUUAUAAUUACAAUAUUCCUGUUAAUAAACACACACCCACCAAUGUCAAGUUCUCUCUGGAAAUAAACACAACAGAGCCAUUGAUAGUCUUCCAGUGCAAAUUCACCCUUGGAAAUAUAUGUUUCCAUAGUAAAAGGGAAACCAAAGGGAUGGAAAGCCACAGAGAAAUCUCCCAGGAGAUGACACAGGGAUAUCAGCACAUUUGGAGCCUCCCUGUAGCCCCAUUUUCUGACAGCAUGUUCCAUUUCCGCAUAGCUGCACCGGAUUUAGCUGACUGUUCAACUGAUCCUUAUUUUGCUGGGAUAUUCUUCACCGAUUACUUCUUUUACUUCUAUCGACGCUGUGCCUGAUUUGUUCAAGUUUGGGGACUUUACCAAAGAAAAAUAGGAAUACAUUUAACAGAAACCGACAUCCUCUUGCGACUUCUUUUUUCUUCUUUGUAAAACAUUUACGUUUAUUGCUGAAGGACUUUUUCAGGCUUUAGCUUCCAACAGUUUUGAGACAUUAAUGAGGAGAAUAAAAUGUUUGCUGAAACUUGAAAUAAUGUGGUGUUUGAUUUUGCCAUGACUAUGAAGAAAACAUUUCCUGGAGGAAACAGUUCUGUUGAAUUUAAAAAUACUGUUUCUGGUGUUAAGGAAGUCGUGAGCUCAAAGUAAGUAGGUCUAGCCUCUACUUUGUUUUAAUGUAUUUUAAAGCUUUUGAAAAAGCCAAAAGGGCCAUGUCGACUUCGGCCCACUAAACAUAGACUCUUGAGAAUGUGUAAUAUGGUAUGUGGCGGAGUUGUGGGGGGUGGUAUCUGAUGCUGAACUCACAUUUAGGCAAAAAUUGUCCUCUGUGUGUGUGUGUAUUGUAUAAACACAUACGCUAGAGUACAGAAUGUAGUUUGUUAAUAAAAUGGAUUUAAGAGAAAUAAUUACAACUCUGCUUUGCAAUGCUUGAUGGACACUAAACUUUCUGUGUGAGUAGGAUAUGCCCCCUUGUAAAGAUGGAAACUCCUAUACCCCAGAGCGCACUGAAAUGAAUCAAACUAGCCAGUCCUGAGCCUGCUUACUCUGCCUCACCUGUUCCUUCCCUCAGAUUACCACAAUAAAGGGUCAUGUCUGCAGUUCCUCCUCCUCACUCUGCCUCCUGACUGAUCCCAGGGCUUCCCUGGGUGGCUCCCUCUGCCAUGGCAUGCCCCCUUGUCUUGGGGACUGUGAGUAACAAACUAUCAUUUGGAUGGCAAUUAUCUCCUCAUCUGCUGGUCUUAUACUUCAAAUUUUCUAUUAAUACGCCAUUUUUUAGAAAAUGGAGAUCCAAGCCACCCUCACUGUAGUUCCAGGUAACAGGGAUGCUGAAUGACUGGCCUUGCCUUAUCUUACUGUUGGUCUCUGGGUCAAUUAGGAUAAGAAAUUUGAUUUUUUUUUAGCGUCACAGAGGUAAUCAGCAGCAGUAAAACAUCCUCUUCCUUAUUUUCAGCUAUUAUUAAAUAUGUGCCAUAUGGAUGGAAAUUAAUUGUGAGACCCCAACAAUUAAGAAAAGAAAAGAUAUGGCUCUUGCUCUCAUAGAAGGCAUUUUAAAAUAAACAUAUUAACAUAAAGGUUGUUUACCCAGUUAUUAAGAGCUGAGAUUCUGAAGCCAGAUGGUCUUGGCUUAGUCUUGAGUUCAAAUCAUGAUUUUAUCUGUGUAUCUUUAGGCAAGUUAUCUAAUUUCCAUAAGUUGCAAUUUCUUCACUUAUAGAAGAUAGUGAAUAUUUACCACAGACAGGAUGAAAUGAGAUAAUGUAUGUAGAGCACAGAUAGGUUCUAAAUAAAGGUGGGGUGUUAUUGUUAUAUCUCCAUAGAACAGGUUCUAAAUAAAUGUGAGCUGUUAUUGUUAUAUCUCCAUAGAACAGGUUCUAAAUAAAUGUGAGCUGUUAUUGUUAUAUCUUCAUAGAACAGAAUAAUUAUAAAGAUUACAGUGGGAUUAUAAAGGGAUUGAGUAAAUACUCACACAUACAUCAAGGCAUUUUCAACAACUAUAAAAACUAAAUUGUAGGCUGCAUGCAGUGGGAUUACACACCUGUAAUCCCAGCACUUAGGGAGGCCAAGGCGGGUGGAUCACCUGAGCUCAGGAGAUCGAGACCAGCCUGGCCAAGAUGGUGAAACCCCGUCUCUACUAAAAAUACAAAAAUUAGCCAGGUAUGGUGAUGGGUGCCUGUAAUCCCAGCUACUUGGGAGGCUGAGGCAGGAGAAUUGCUUGAACCCAGGAGGCAGUGAGCCGAGAUCACGCCAUUGCACUCCAGCCUGGGCAACAAGAGUGAAACUCCAUCUUAAAAACAAAA